AUGGCAAACCAAGCCAACGGAGGUGGAAACGCCACCACAGACCAGUUCUACCCCGGCGCAGAGGGCGCUACACAGAACUUCAGCAACUUCAUCGCCGACGCAAAAUACGAAGACAUACCACCGCAAGCCAUCACCAAGCUCCUCGAUCUGAUCAUCGAUCACAUCGGUGUCGGAGCCGGCGGCGGAGCCCAGUCGGAAUCAAGCAGCCACAUUCUCAAAGCCGUCGAAGCCUUUUCAGAAGGCUGCGCCGGUGAGAGCACAGUCUAUGGCAAAACAAAAACAUACCCCAAACACAUCGCAGCUCUGCUGAACGGCGCAUUCGCACACUCCUUUGACUUUGACGAUACCCUCGCAAUCGGCAUCAUCCACCCCGGCGCAAGCGUCAUCCCGGCCGCCUUGGCGCAAGCUGAAGCCUCCAACGCCUCCGGGCGCCAGCUUCUGACGGGUCUCUCCGUCGGGUACGAGGUGGCGUGCCGUCUCGGCCGCGCCCUAUCUUCGGGUGGCUACCCCCGAGGCUUCCACAACACCGCCACGGCGGGCAUCUUCGGCGCCGUGGCGGCCAUCUGCAAGAUCAAGGGCUUGACGGGUGAGCAGGUCUACAACGCUUUCGGGCUAGCCGGUUCCAAGGCCGCGGGUUCGAUGCAGUUCCUUGACAACGGGUCGUGGAACAAGAGACUCCAUCCCGGAUUCGCGGCCCACGAUGCGUUUCUUUGUGUUGCCCUUGCGGAGGCGGGUGUCACUGGCGCGUCGCAUGCGAUUGAGGGGAAAUGGGGCUUCUUGCAGGCGUAUUCGACGAAGAGCGAAGCCGCUGGUCUGACGGAGGACCUGGGAUCCGAAUGGCUGUUCGCCGCGACGGCGAUGAAGCCCUUCCCUGCCUGCCGCUUCACGCACACCGCAAUCGAGAUCACGGCAAGGGUUGCGGCUGAAGCCAAGUCUGGAGAGCUUCCGCAGAAGAUUACGGUCUGGGUGAAUCCCUCUGGCUAUGAUAUCAUCGGGCGGCCGAGUCCGAAUAAGUUGCAUCCCGAGACCAUUGUUGAUGCCCAGUUCAGCAUGUACUAUCAAGUCGCCGUGGCCUGGUUGUUUGGGAGUGAGGCGGGAUGGAGCGUCUAUGAUUCCGAGAAGAUGAAGGACAAGAAGGUGGCGGAGCUUUGCGAUCGAGUGGAGGUUGUGACCGAUGACAGCUUCAAGGAAGAGUUCGAGGUAAGGAUGUCGUUCCAGGGUGUCGAUGGCGGAGCUGCCAGGGAGGAGGCUCUAGUGUACCCGCUAGGCGAGGUCGAGCACCCAUUCUCGAGGGAGAAUGUCAGGGACAAGUUCUGGGGUCUGGUCCAGCCGGUGUACGACCAACAGCGAGCUGAGAACAUACUCAAAGCUGUGGACAAUCUGAGCAAAAGCUCUGCUGCGGAACUGCUGAAGUUCCUAUGA